AAUAAAUAUUACAGUCAUAGCAAGUGUAUCAUUUUAGUGACAAAAUGCGAUACUCCUGCAAUUUUAUUGAAAACAUACGACAAUAACUAGUUUCUUAAAUUUAAUAUAUGUCGAUGUAGAUAUUGUUAAUUAGGUUAUGUUUUGACUUUUUCUGACCGUGCAACGAAGAAAAUAUUGAAUUUCCGUAAAGCUGACUUAAUUAAUAAUUCUGAAAAAUGGAACAAGAUUUGAAGAGUAAGAUCGACCAGGCUUGUCGAACAGCUGAGGAAUUUACGAAACUUUAUUAUGAAAGUUUAGACAAACGGAGAUAUUUGAUAUCAAGGUUAUAUCUAGAGACUGCAACUUUAAUUUGGAAUGGAAAUGGUAUUGAUGGCAAAGAUAACAUACAAAAAUUUUGGACAGAUUUGCCACCUUCUGACCAUAAUAUAUUUACUUUAGAUGCUCAACCAAUAACAGGUCCUGAAGUGGCAAAUCAGCUGACUUUUCUUGUAAAAGUUGGGGGGACUGUAAAAUAUGAUGAUAAAAUAUCAAAACUAUUCAAUCAGAGCUUUCUUAUUACAGCAAUGGGAGAUAAAUGGAAAAUUGUAAGUGACUGCUUUCGAGCACAAGAAGUCCCAGAUGUGUGAAAUAAAAUAUUAAAUAAUAAGAAUACAUUAAACUUUUCCAACGAACUAUUUGAUUCAAUAUUCCUUUUUAUUUCUAUCGUCGAUCUUAUAUCAAUGUAUAAAGCGAUAUUAAAAUUUUCGUAUUAGUGAA